GCUCUGUUUUUUGCACGAAAUGAGCGAUUCUAAGAAGGUACUGCUAUUUGGUUCAUUCACUGAAGAUGAAACGAAGUCAUUGCUGCGAAAGCAGUCCUCUGGCAAUGUUGAAACGCCGGUAGAGCAGACAGAAUUGCAAUUUGGGUCUUUGAAUCUUGGAACUGGAAUAACUUUUGGUAAUUUUGAUACUGCCUUGAAUACGCAAUUGGCUUCUGGGAAUGGGAAUGUUACUUUUCACUCUAAGAGUUCAGUUAAGAAGGAAAAAGAUGUAAAGGUUGCAAAGAACAGUGAUGGGUUGUUAGGAAGUCCGCAAGUAAAUGGAAGCAUUGGCAAUUCAAGCCAUGGUUCUCCCCUUAGUAACGGUGUGGAUGUCUUGAAAACUGAGAGUAUUGAUUUGAAUUCUUUGCAUUUGUUUGAGAAGGAAGAUGGUCCUGCAAGUCCAUUGCAAAGUUCGAGCUUUCAUGUCCUCAAUAGUGAAGGUAUCGAGGAUGAGGAUCACGGUGGGACUCGCAAUGAUUCAUCAGUACAUGUGAGGAAAGAGGAUGUCUGGAAAUCAACUGAUGGGCCUGUUACUGAUGUUAAGAAUUUACUACCCCGUGGCCUGAUUAACUCAGGGAAUCUAUGCUUUCUUAAUGCAACUCUGCAGGCUCUCUUAUCCUGUUCCCCUUUUGUGCAGCUCUUGCAGGAGCUUAGAAUUCGUGACAUCCCUAAGGUUGGCUUCCCGACAUUGAGUGCAUUUGCAGAGUUCGUCUCUGAUUUUGACAUGCCAACCAGUUCAAACUUGAAAAAAGAUUCAGUUGAGACUGGUCGGCCUUUUCGCCCUGCCAUGUUUGAAGCUGUUCUUACGAACUUCACUCCUGAUGUCCCAAAUAGCAUAUCUGGACGGCCAAGGCAGGAAGAUGCUCAGGAGUUUCUGAGUUUCAUCAUGCAUCAAAUGCAUGAUGAAUUGCUUAAGCUUGAAGGACAAUCUUCUGAUACAAAUGGGUUUAAAACCUCCGUAGUUUCUUCUACAGAAGAAGAUGAAUGGGAGACAGUUGGCCCAAAAAACAAAUCUGCAGUGACUAGAACGCAAAGCUUCAUUCCUUCGGAGCUAAGUGAUAUUUUUGGAGGACAGUUGAGAAGUGUGGUGAAGGCAAGAGGAAACAAAGCUUCUGCAACGGUUCAGCCAUUUUUGUUGCUCCACCUCGAUAUUUGUCCUGAAGCUGUUCACACUAUCGAGGAUGCACUCCAUCUGUUCUCUGUACCAGAAAAUCUUGAAGGUUACCGGACUUCUGCAAUGGGGAAGGGUGGUGUAGUGACUGCAAGAAAAUCCGUCCAAAUACAGACACUUUCAAAGAUAAUGAUAUUGCAUUUGAUGCGUUUUAGUUAUGGAAGCCAGGGGAGCGCCAAGCUGCUCAAGCCUGUACACUUUCCUCUUGAAUUUGUGCUGAGUCGGGAAUUACUUGUUUCCCCUUCGACAGAGAGCCGAAAGUAUGAACUUGUUGCCACAGUAACUCAUCAUGGGAGGGAGCCUUCGAAAGGUCAUUAUACAGCUGAUGUAUGCCACUCUAAUGGCCAGUGGCUACGUUUUGAUGAUGCAUCUGUCACCACCAUUACGACAAGCAAGGUUUUGCAUGACCAGGCUUAUGUUCUCUUUUACAAACAAGUUUAG